AGCAACGGAAAUGAUAUUCAAAAUAAAAAACACAAGUGCAGUAGUAAAAAACAAAAAUGGAGACGAACACAACAGCUGCCAGUUAUUUCAAUAUCUUCAUUACAGGACAUUUGAAUUCUACAAUAUUUCCUUUGGGUCCUGAUGCAUCCGAUAUACUGUGCCGCUAUGAAUGUUUCGCAGGGCUGGAUUGGGAACUUGUCAGUGGAUCGAAGGACGGCAUUACCCAAUAUGCCUCAAAUCGCAAUGGCAAUUUCAACGACCCCAUUGUAUUUAACAUGCCCAUCGAAUUGACAUAUCGCAGCACAAACGUAUUUGGUUGGCCACAAAUAAUAGUUUGUCUUUACGGCAAAACUCGAUGGGGUAUUGAAACAUCCCUAGGCUAUAGCCGUCUGCAUGUCCCAAUGUUUGGCAGUGAAAGCAAUCAGCGCAUAAAAGCACCCAUAUUGAAACCACUGUGCAGCAACACUCUGGCUGAACUAACUAGCUGGGUUACGGGCCGCAAUCCAGAGCUAAAAGAUCCAAAAAUAUUGCUCGAUAAUACCAAAAGCAAGGGUUUGUUGAUGGAGUCAUAUGGCGAAAUUGAAUUUGUUUUAAGUGUAGUUACAAGAGGAUCUGCGCGAUUGGGAUUAGAAUACUAGCAUCUCGAGAAAUAUGGCAAUAAAACAAAUAUUUUUAAUUGGAAAAUACGAAUCAAUUUUAUUUUGUAAAAUAAAAAUUACAGCAAAGAAGA